AUGACCAGAGAAUUGCCGGCAGAGCGCCGUAAACGACAUGCGCGGGAUCGUACGACUUCCUUGAAUUCACUUCCUCAUUUCAAAAGUGGUCCGUCCAAGCACAGACAAUCCACCCUCCGAAGUCGUGCAUCCAACGCCAGCAUGAAAAGUAUCGGCUCGGAACUCGACUACUCAGAAAUUGUUGCCCCCAUUCCCCGCCGACAUCUCCUGCAAACAUCACAAAGUCUCCAUUGGCUUCGAGUCGACUCUUCAUCAGGAGAUGAAUGGCUUAACAGAGGUGUAUCUCCCGUAUCCGCGUCUUCAGUGGGCUCUGUCUUCCCAAAUAGCAGGACGAGCAACCAACUUAGCUUCACCGCCCUCAUGGAACACGAAAGGGCCGCUGCUGGCGCGUCAUCGAUGUCAGAUGCAAGAGUACAUGAGGAUGAUCAGGGAAAUGUUGGGGCUGGAAGGCGGUGGUUGAAGUGGAUGCAUCGGAAUAAUAUCAAGCGCUGGGUCGUUCCCUCAGCUAUCGCCGCAUCUGCCUUGGUGAAAUGGUGCAUCGGACUCGGAACGUAUUCUGGUCACGGUACGCCUCCUAUGUUCGGUGAUUACGAGGCUCAGCGACAUUGGAUGGAGCUUACCGUACACCUCCCCGUUAGGGAAUGGUACACGUACGACUUACAGUAUUGGGGUCUUGACUAUCCUCCUCUGACCGCUUAUAUCUCAUGGCUAUGUGGAAAAAUUGGGUCGUUAUUCGAAUCUUCAUGGUUCACGCUACAGACCUCGCGGGGCAUAGAGACCGCAGGAAGCAAGCUCUUCAUGCGAGCCACUGUGCUCGUACUCGAUCUCUUGGUUUAUGUCCCGGCGUUGUACACAUUUGUACGGGCAUGGCAGGGCACGCGAUCAUCUAGGAAACGACAUGCUGCGCUGCUCACAUUACUGUUCCAUCCAGCCCUUCUGUUGAUCGACUUUGGUCAUUUCCAAUACAACUCCGUCAUGCUAGGUUUAACUCUACUUGCGGUCAACGCCUUUGCAGCCGGACAUGAUCUCCUUGGAGCUAUUUUCUUCGUCCUGAGUUUAGGUUUCAAACAGAUGACUCUUUACUACGCACCUGCGAUCGGCUCCUACUUGAUCGGAAAAUGCAUUUAUCUAGGCCCAGUUCAUGGCACUCGCUUGUUUCUCCGCCUAGCGCUAACGACAAUAUUAGCAUUCAUCAUCAUGUUCGCGCCCUUCCUCCCUCCCUUCUCUCCUCUCUCCGCUAUGACUGCACCUAUCACUCGCAUCUUUCCGUUCGGACGUGGCCUCUUCGAAGACAAAGUGGCCAACUUCUGGUGCUUUACUAACGUGUUGGUGCUGAAGUGGAAGCGAAUUUUUGCUGGUCGAGAAGGCGUUCUGAUAAAAGCCUCUGCUGGACUUACCGCUCUCGGGUUCCUGCCUGCUGCAGCCGCGCUCAUUUUCGGUGGCUACAAGACCCGCUUGCAGAGGAACAAUGAAAACGGCCCAGCGAACGGGCCGACUUCGAUAGUACAGGCAGUGCCGCCAUCACCUACACCAAUUUUGCCACUCUUACCCUAUGCACUUCUAACCUGUUCACUCUCGUUCUUCCUAUUCUCGUUCCAGGUGCAUGAGAAGACUAUUCUGGUUCCUCUGCUACCUCUCACACUCCUUCUGUCGGGUGCUGCACCUACCGACAAUGUAUUCUUAUGGGGCGCUUUGGGCAACAACAUCGGUGUUUUCAGCAUGUGGCCUUUGCUCAAAAAAGAUGGACUGGGUGUUCAAUACUUUGCGAUGCUUCUUCUCUGGAACCGGUUGAUCGGGCACAAUCCGUUCAAACUACACCAUAGAUCUUUCGUGGAACUCGUAUCUUCCGUCGUACACACAGCCAUAAUUAUUCUCCACCUGCUCGAGCUAGCAGUGACACCACCCGCGCGCUACCCUGAUCUCUUUGCAGUAUUCAAUGUCCUAGUGAGCACCCCCGUUUUCGGACUCAUCUGGCUUUGGAGCAUCAAGCGUUCUGCGGAAGUGAGCUGGGCUAUAAGCGGACUACCUGGAAAACGCGAAAAGAAAGAAGGGCCGUCUUCUACGUCUGCGAUCAGUGCUUUCUCUUCGAGUGCUGCGUUUAGGCGUGGUGAGGUGGGUGCGCGUGCGAUGAGUCUUGGGUAUGCGAGUGGGCAUGGGCGCGGACAAGUCGAUGCUAGGAGACGGGCGUUGGAGGUGUUGAGCGCGGGGAGUGGUGAUCGGGAACAUCGAGAUUAA